AAACACAAAUCGCGGCAAUAGACGCAGACAGGAAACAGUCACCCACGAUUUUAAACACAUCCCCAAAGAGCAAAAUUGUGGCGAGGAAAGGAGGAAACAUUGGCCAAAAAUAGACUUCCCGUCGCGGAGUGAGUUGUGUUGGCUGCAGCCAAAUUCCUCGCGACACAAACAUGUGUACAAAACUAAAUGUGUCGUCAGAAAUAGCGUGCGCAGAGCAAAAGUCGCGAGAAUAAAAACUACACGAUGGAGAAAACAAAGCCUGCGCGGUUUGUGGAAGACUGUCAUGUUUCGUCCCUAAUAUCUCUAUAUUGUAUUCAAAUUAGUUAUGUGGUAUGAAUCAACCCACCGUUUAUUCUUGUGCAACAAAUAAAAUGAUAAUAUUUUAUGUUUAUUAUUGAUAAAAUGGUUAAUCUUUAUGCAACGAAUAAAGUAAUAAUAAUUCAUUAUGUCAAUCAUUGGUGAAACGAUUAAUCUUAAUUUUCUAACUUAACAAAUAGCUAGCGGUAUAUGGCCAAAGGAUAUGACUUAUUGAUAUGCGGUUGAGGAGAGUUGCCCUUUAUUGUGGACACGUCUCUUCACAGCAAAGAGACAACACUUGAUGGGUUUAAGAAGGGCCAAGGAGAUGCACGAGAAGAGGAGAGAUGCCCUUUAUUGUGGACACAUCUCUUCACAGCAAAGAGACAACACUUGAUGGGUUUAAGAAGGGCCAAGGAGAUGCACGAGAAGAGGGAGAGGAAGAACAACAAGGAGAAACUGCAAAAGGUCAGAGUACACGAUCUACAAGAGGAGUAAUAUUCCAGCCCAUUAUUUUCACGAAUUUAGAAGGGGACAUUACAAAGAUCCAGACACAGAGACACCAAAAAUGUGAAUAUGCGGCGCCACUAGAAACAAAACACAUGGGCCUAGAAAUAGGUCGUGGACGAAGCAGGUGCAGGAAGGUGCACGGAAAAAUUGUGCAGAGCAGUAACAAAAAACACAAGUAGAAUAAAU